AUGCCAGAAGCUUCGGCAGCUUGUUAUGAAGAGUUUUUACAUGGAGUAGAAGCACAUGAAGGAGUUGAACUUCCAUCACCAAAUGAGACUGAAAUAAACAUCCAAGGCGACAUGCAGAAUUUGAAUGCAAACGCUACAGCUAUUGAAGGAAACCCUUCUGAACCGGUGGCAGUUCCACUGACAGUGAAGGUUGAGUCAGCUGAAGAUCAAGGUGAUGUUGGCGGUAAUCGGGCUGUGACUGCCACUCCAGAUGAAACUAGCCUAUCGCUAAACAUGCCAUCCACUUCUGAAAAUGCUCCAGUCGAAGAGACGGGGAGGAAAAGAAGAAAUUCCAAAAAAGCUUCACAAAAGAACAACGCUAAGGAAGUCAAACGGGAGGUUGACGGAGUACCUGUUCCACAGCGGAAUAAGGCGCUUCCAUUGAAGAACGUUAUACAAGGAUCAAAGACUGUCGCCGCAGCGUUGGUUGCUGCUUUGGGAUCUCCAACAAAAGCUACAAAUCCCGUUUCAAACACCGGUGACACGCGAACAGAUGGUACCGAAGUCAGUAUGGACGCAACAUCAACUAGAAGCGCUCCGGUGUCGAAGUCGAUUGUCAACAAAGUUUUAGACAGGUGUGUGUCCAAUCUUACUUGGAAAAUAAGGUUCCCAGAAAACGGAGUAACCCCACUACGACUAACAUGCGCAGGGGUAAGUAUAAUGGGAGAAGACUCGAAUGUAACUGAAUAUGGGCUGUGAGU